CGGGUGGUCCCUGUCCCUCCUGUCGCCCAUUGAGGGAGCCUUCAACAUGCGUCCGCCCAGCGGCCACCGGCACUUCUGGCUGCUGGCGUGCUCGCUUCUCUUGACUCGGCUGGCGGCUGCUCCGCAAAACUUCUCGUCUCUGAGAAGCUGGUCGGGCGUCGCCUGUCAGCUGUCCCGCGCCGAGUCGGAGCGCAGGUGCCGCGCGCCGGGGCAGCGCCCAGGAGAUGCGCUGUGCCACGGCAGGGGCCGCUGCGACUGCGGAGUCUGCAUUUGUCACGUGACGGAGCCGGGCACCUACUUCGGGCCCCUAUGUGAGUGCCACGAUUGGGUGUGCGAGACGUACGACGGCCAGAUCUGCGCAGGCCAUGGUAAGUGUGACUGUGGCAAGUGCAGGUGUGACAGUGGUUGGACUGGAGCCGCUUGCCAGUACCCCACCCGCUGUGAGCUGACCAAGAAGAAAAGCAAUCAAAUGUGCAAGAAUUCUCAAGAUGCUAUAUGCUCCAAUGCAGGUACAUGUCAUUGUGGCAGAUGUAAGUGUGAUAAUUCAGAUGGAAAUGGACUUGUUUAUGGUAAAUUUUGUGAAUGUGAUGAUAGAGAAUGCAUUGAUGAUGAAACAGAAGAAAUAUGUGGAGGCCAUGGGAAGUGUUACUGUGGAAACUGUUACUGCGAGGCUGGUUGGCAUGGAGAUAAAUGCGAAUUCCAGUGCGACAUCACCCCCUGGGAGAGCAAGCGAAGAUGCAGUUCCCCAGAUGGCAAAAUCUGCAGCAACCGAGGCACCUGUGUGUGUGGGGAAUGUUCGUGCCAUGAUGUUGAUCCCACUGGAGAUUGGGGUGACAUUCAUGGGGACACCUGUGAGUGUGAUGAACGAGACUGCCGAUCCAAGUAUGACCGAUACUCUGAUGACUUCUGCUCAGGUCAUGGGCAGUGUAAUUGUGGAAGAUGUGACUGCAAAGUAGGCUGGUACGGGAACAAGUGUGAGCACCCACGAUCCUGCCAGCUGUCUGCUGAGGAGAGCAUCAAGAAGUGCCAGGGAAGCUCUGAUCUGCCUUGCUCUGGAAGGGGGAAAUGCGAAUGUGGGAAAUGCACCUGUUACCCUCCAGGAGACCAGAGGGUGCACGGGAAGACAUGUGAGUGUGACGACCGGCGCUGUGAAGACCUAGAUGGUGUGGUCUGUGGAGGUCACGGCACAUGCUCCUGCGGGCACUGCGUGUGUGAGCAAGGAUGGUUUGGAGUGCUCUGCCAGCAUCCGCGCAAAUGUAACAUGACUGAAGAACACAGUAAGAGUUUGUGUGAAUCAGCAGAUGGUGGAUUGUGCUCUGGCAAGGGUGCCUGCCACUGUGGAAAGUGCAUUUGCUCUCCAGAUGAAUGGUAUAUUUCAGGAGAAUUCUGUGACUGUGAUGACCGAGACUGCGACAAGCAUGAUGGACUCAUCUGUACAGGAAAUGGAAUCUGUAAUUGUGGCAACUGUGACUGCUGGGAUGGAUGGAACGGAAAUGCAUGCGAAAUCUGGCUUGGCACGGAAUAUCCUUGACAGUUGCAUGGGAAAGGAAUCUGGAAUCUAACUUUUCUAGGCCAUUAGAACAUAUAACUGCAAAGAAAGUCAUGUAUAAUCACUGCUAGAACAGAUUAAAUGGACUCUUGUAUGUUUUUCUAUUUUGGAAUGCCUGAAUGGAAUCUGGGUACCCAUUAGAAAUUAGUUCGGUCAACUCUGUUGUAACGCUAGAAAUAAUUUUUUCUCUUCAAAUAACAUUGGUAGUUCUCUGUGAAGGUACAUUGCCACCCAGAAGACAUUUGGCAAUGUCUAACGACAAUUUGGAUUGUCACCCUGGGUGGGGUGGAAGGGUGUGCUGCAUAAAGGCAGUAGGCAGAGGCUGGGGGCGUGGCCCAGCAUCUGCAGAGCACAAGGACAGCCCCCAUGGCAGACAGACACCUGAAUACAAAUGUCAACAGUGCCAGAGCUGAGAAAUGCUGAAUCAUGUUGUCUUUAGAAAUCUCCUUUGCCACACAAGAAAGCUCAUGUCAGAAUCUGAUCAAAAGUUUGUUUUUGCACAACUCCAUUAAUUGUGCACAAAUCCAUUGAUUGGUUGUUUCAGGAUUCUAUAUCAGCAUUUCCAUGUGGCAAGAAACACAUUUGAGGUAAAAUGUCAGAUUGGGGAAUUAGCAUGAAUGCAACUGAAGGAGCAAGACUGAAGCUUUUCAGUAAGUCAUCUGUCCAAUCUCCCUUUAAACUCAUGAAAAAUUCCCUGAAAAUUAUGAAAAAGGUACAAUAGAACAUGUUCAAUAAAUAGUGACAUGAGUUUAUAUUUGUGUCAACAUGUAUUUGUCUACUGAUAACACAUAUACAC